AUGUGUGUUGGAUGUUUCGCGAUCCUCCCAGAAAUGCUCAAUCCAGAGUUGAAAGAGCUUAAUGGUGUGGAAGCCAAUGGCUUGCAGGCGCCAUGCCCGGGAGGUUGCAAUCCAACGUCGUGCAACACCUGUUGUCAACGUGCCGGUUACACCGCCGGCCUCUGUCUCCCGCCGAUAAACUGCAUUUGCGUGCAAGUU